GCCAAGUUCGUUCGAAGGCACGGCCUGUUCCGCCCAAAGGCCCGCCGCCAGCGCAUUUGCUCAAAGCAGGCGCGCGCGAGGAAACGCAGGAGCCACCAUGGCGAGAGAAGCAGGAGCCGCCAUGGAGGGAAAAAGACAAGGAGGACCUCGAAACUGCGGUUGAGGCCUUCUUGGAGCAGCACCAUGUGGAGGAGGACGCUGCGGCAGCCCUUCGCGAAGCGCCUAAGGAGGUCCAGAAGCGCAUCCUCAGUGAGAAGAAGGCUGUGGCCUCCGGGAGCGCGUCUGCGGCCCUGAGAUUCUGGGUGCAGCGCUACUCUCGGUUGGCGGCAGAGGCACCUGAGAAGCCGCCGGUUCGAACCGAGGGCAAGCAGCGGCCUCCAGAGCCCAUCGGUGCACCUCGUUCGAAGCGGCCUCCUGAGCCGGAAGGGCCCCCGCCAGCGCCGAAAGCUUCUGAGGAGCCCGCGACGACCCCAUCGAGGCCACUGAAACAGCCACCGCAGCCGCCACAACCACAAAAGCCGCCGCCGCCACCACAGCCGCCACCGCAGCCACCGCAGCCUCCAGCGAGCAAGCCGCCACCUCCAGUACCCCCACCCCCUGCCUCAGAACCGCCCUUGCCGCCGCCGCCCAAGCAGCCGCAGCAACAGCACGGCUUUCAAAACGUGGUUCCACCACCCCCUCCACAGCCCACACCUGCACAACAGCAGUGGCAGCAGCAGCAGCAGCAGCAACAGCAGCAGCAGCAGCAGCAGCAGCAGCAGCAGCAGCAGCAGCAGCAGCAGUUUCAGCAGCAGUUUCAGCAGCAGUUUGCGCAGGCAGUCUAUCCAGGCGUAUUGCCGCAGCUGCUCACGCCGAAUCUCAUGGCGGCUACUGUGACUGCGCAGCAGCUGGCGAUGCACAACCUCGCAAUGGCUGCCAGCACCCUGACCCAGACUCCUCAGGUCACCAAGAGUAGCUCCUCAAAGAGUGGUGGAGCCGACCAUGCCAUUGCCGUCUACGCGGAAGAGGAGCUGAAGAAGUACGUGAAGAAGCAUAACCUCUCCAAAGAGACGGAGAAGGAGCUGCGGACACUCACGCCCGAAGAGCUUCUGGGAAUCAUCACGGAGGCCAGCAAGGGUGGCAAAAAGUCAGCCGAGUCGGUUCCCAAUGUGGAUGGAUCGGAGGACGUGGUUGUGAUGGCGCGCAUCACACGCUUGAAAGUUGAGAAAGGUAUCCUACCGGAGAAGGCUCCAGACCCGGCUCCGGCGAAGAAGAAAGCAGAAAAGGAGCCCGAGGCCAAAGACAGCCUCCAGGCCGAGGAAGCCAAGGAGAAGCUACCACCAGAGGUGGAUGCAAAACUCAAGAAGAAGGUCGCCCAGCAGGACCACACAGGCAGCUAUGCCCAGCAG